AUGAAUCUUCUGUCGUCUCUGAUUCUCCUCGGGUCUCUGAUCCUGACCCUGGGAUGUGCCCCUGAACCUGGAGCCACAAACAUAGCAAGAAAUGGAGAAGCCUCCCAGGAUUCUAUCUAUCAAUAUACUAUAAUGGGAUACGCCAAAAAUGCCAUAGAUGGGGUCAAAGAUGGAAAUUUUCACAAGAGCUCCUGCACGCACACCAAUGGGUUAAAAGAUCCCUGGUGGAAGCUGGACCUGAAACAGACCUACAAGAUAUCAAACGUUGUCCUAACAAAUAGGCAGGACUGCUGUCCGGAGAGGCUGCUGGGGGCCGAGGUCCGAAUUGGGAACAACCCCGACAACAACAACCCUGUAUGCGGCAAAGUCAAAGGUCUUGCAUCUGCCGACUUAUCAUUUUGCUGUAACGGGAUGGAAGGUCAGUACGUCAGUGUGGUGAUCCCCGGACGCGCGGAGUACUUGACACUGUGUGAGGUGGAGGUUUAUGGAGACCUGGUGACGGAGGGUAAACUCUGCUGGUAGACACCUUCA